AUGGCCACCUCUUCUUCUUCUAAACAGACAGAUAAAUCUCCAAGGCCGGUGAUCGUAAUCACUGGUGCGAAUAGUGGGGUAGGAUUCGGCUUAGCACAACGUCUUUUGGUACAACUUUCUUCUCCUACACCUUCUGAUACGCUCCCCACACAUCCUCAUUUAACAAAGCGAGAUAUUACCGUUCCACCAACUCCAUUCGCAGCACCGGAAGGAUGUACGUUGGUGAUGGCAUGCAGAAAUGCAAUGAAAGCACAUAGAGCACGAGCUCAACUGUUGAACUUGUUACAUUAUUUGGAAGAAUUACCCGAUGAAGCAGAAACACCAACCCAUAUUCCAGUAGCUGUUCUUGAUCAGAGUACCGAUAUCAAAAUUAAUGGACAUAUUGAUGAAGACGCAGACCCUGCACUAGUCGCACAAGCAAUGGAAGCAAGUUUAAGGAGAAGGAGGAGGCGAAAUGCAGCCAUUAGCAAUGCAAAGGAGAAUGGAUUCAGUGUUGCUGGAGAAGGAUCUGAACCAAAAGAUCUAACACGAGAUCCAAGAACGGGACGUACAUAUUCUAUGAGAGAAAGAGAAGCAAAAGCUCGUGGAAGGUACAGAAGAAGAUUCGUUGCUGGAACAAAGAUUGAAAUUCAAGCGAUUGAUUUGGGCAGUAUGGCUUCCGCAUUACAAUGUGCAAAAGAUAUCACUGCUAGACAUGGAUAUGUUACACACGUUGUGAUGAAUGCUGGAAGUGCUGCAUUUACUGGUAUCAAUUGGCCACAUGCGAUUUGGAUGAUGAUGAUCAACUUUCACAAAGCGGUUACCUAUCCAGCAUACAAGACCCAACGAGCAGGAGACGUGGGCAAAGAUGGAUACGGAUGGGUUUGGCAAGCCAAUGUAGGAGCGCAUUAUAUCCUUGCACGAGCUCUUCUACCAGCCUUACGUGCGACGCCAUAUUCGACUCCAAGUAGAAUCAUUUGGACCAGUAGCUUGGAAGCCAGCGAAGCCGCAUACGAUCCAACAGAUUUUCAAUGCACAGACAAAGCCAAGUCACCCUAUCCAUACGAAAGCGUAAAAUACCAAUGUGAAUUGGCAGCUCAUGGACUGGAGGAUCUGCUGAACAAACGUCGACUACGGACUGAGCCUGGAACACCAUUGAUCGAUGAAGCUGGAUCAUAUCUGGACAUGAGAGGAGCAAAUCAUGCCGGCCAUACGAUGGAGCCAAAGAGUUUAUUAGCUCAUCCUGGUGUGGUAGCAAGUAGUAUUUUUGCUGAAUGUUUGAAUGCAUUCCUUGCUGCGAUGAUGCAUUUAGCAUUUUAUUUUGCCCGUUGGACGUUUUCACAACAUCAUUGUAUUGAAGGAUAUAAAGGUGCAAUUGCUGCUUCUCAUGUUGCUUUGGCGCCUUUGCCUUUGCUGGAUCCUAAUGCACGUUAUGGAAGUCAAUGCGAUUGGCAUGGUCGUGAGUACGUUUUCAAAGGUCAAAAGCUUGCUUGGAAUGCAGAAGAGCCUUCAGGAUUGGCAAAAGAAGCAAAGACUUCGAUUGUUGAGAAAUACCUGAAACGCAAUACCAAUCAUGGCUUACCCGCAAGACCGUCUGAAGUUGUGAAUGCACUUUCGCGUGAUUUGAUCAUUCGAUGUGAAGGUGUUGCAAGAAGUGUUUGGAAACAAGCACAUGAUGGAGCGCUGGCACCUUUUGGUGAAUUGGAAAUGGAAGAA